AUGAACAGAGGAGGUGGAGGCGGUGGGCGCAAAGUCCUUCUGCCACCGAUUAAUUUCAUCUUCAAACUCCUCCAGCAACAUUCAACGGUUCAGAUAUGGCUCUACGAGCAGCUAGCGAUACGAAUUGAGGGCAGAAUUAGGGGCUUUGACGAAUUCAUGAACCUGGUCAUCGACGACGCCGUGGAGGUGAAGCAAGCUACAAAGACAACUGAGGAGAGCCGGAGGUCACUAGGCCAGAUUCUCUUGAAGGGGGAUAAUGUGUCGUUGAUUCAGAGUCUGAAUGGAUAG